CGCCGCCUUUCUUUCCAUUUCUCUACGUUUUAGCCUCCUUAACUAUUCACUCUAAUCACAAGACAUGGGUAUCAAGAAAUCAAAUAAACUACCUCAAACGACAGCUAUCAAGCAGAUUAUGAAAAAGUGUUCUUUGGGGAAGAAAGAAGGGUAUGGUCAUCAAGGAAGCCUCCCUGAUGAUGUACCUAAAGGCCAUUUUGUUGUAUAUGUUGGUGAAAACAGAAGCAGAUACAUAAUCCCAAUAUCAUGGUUGGCUCACCCUGAGUUUCAAAUCUUGCUUCAGCGAGCUGAAGAGGAGUUCGGGUUUACCCACGAUGCCGGCCUUAGAAUCCCUUGUGAAGAAGUCAUUUUCCGGUCUCUAACAGCCAUGAUUAGAUGAACAAACUUUGACAGGCUUAGUCAGGGAAUUGAAGAAACAUAGCUUUGCUUCAUUGCAGCCUUUUACAUACUUACUUACAUACAUACACCCUUUUGCAUGAUAUGCGUUGUUGUUGUUUUUACCAUAACUGCUUGACAUUUUCUUUUUCUCAGCACUAUUUACAAAAUGUAUGGAAUUUUCCCUCAAGUGAAACAAAAGUAAUGAAAAGACAUCAUGGAAAA